AUGUCCCAUCCAUACCGCCAGAAAGCGUCAACGACACCUUAUCCAUUGUACGACGUGGAGUCACCUUCUGACAGCUCUGGGCCUGAGUCUGUCUUUGUGUCACAACCCCCAACUGCCCAAUCCAGAGAUCCACUUGACCAGUCUACUCAGAUCUCUAACCGAUUGGCUGCUACCGAGAUCUCAAGUCCUCGCUUCCACGGCAGAUCGCCGCCCAGCCAGCCUCCAUACAUGAGCAACAACGGCCUGCCCAACUACGAGGUGGGUGAUAUUGCAUCACCUCCAUCUAUCCCACUCUCGGCACUGUCGUCGGUCACCAACUUGAAUUUGAACCACGCAAAUCCACAAUCUAUGCCUUCCAUUUUAUAUUCACAGUCUGAAAGCAACUUGCCAGCGGGAUUGGGCCAAGGCGGCCACAAGUACAAUCAUACACGUUCGGUGUCAUCCACACUGUCGUUUUUCCACGACAGAGACAAUGCCUCGCUCAUAGACUUCAAUCAGAGCGUGAUCCACCAGUACUUGGGCAACAAUCUGACCCACUUAAUGCCACGCAUGAAGACCAUUGAGAUGUACCGCAAGAAUGCUAAACGUUCCACAGAUCCGGCCGUUUUGUUCCAGUAUGCUCAGUACAUGUUGCAAACUGCGUUAAUGCUUGAGUCGAGCACUCCUAGUGAUUCGGGUACUACAACACCAAAACCAACACCAAUUAAGUCUGGCUCGUUUCUUGAGGUGGAUAAAACCCACCGCAAAACCAAACUGUCCAACUCAAUCAGUCUGGAGUCCAAUCUCUCUGACCCACAAUUGAAACGUUCACUUCUCAAAGAGGCACACUAUUACUUAAAGAGACUUUCCGAUAAGGGCUAUGUCGAUGCACAAUAUUUACUUGGUGAUGCUUACUCGUCUGGAGCAUUUGGCAAAGUUGACAACAAAGAGGCCUUCUCGCUCUUUCUUCUGGCUGCUAAACAUGGCCACACCGAGUGUGCAUUUAGAACUGCCCAUUGUUACGAAGAGGGUUUGGGAACUGGCCGUGAUGCUCGUAAAGGAGUAGAAUUCCUUAAACUGGCAGCGUCAAAGAACCAUCCAGCUGCUAUGUACAAACUCGGAAUGUACUCAUUCUACACACGCAUGGGGUUGCCUGACAAUGUGUCCACCAAGAAGAUGGGUAUUAAGUGGUUGGAGCGGGCUCUGAAUGUCGCUACUGAGUUGACAGCUGCUGCCCCAUACGAAUUGGGCCGUAUCUACCAAGAGGGCUUUUUGGAUAUUUUAUUGAAAGAUGAAAAAUAUGCCUUGGAGCUCUAUGCGCAGGCAGCCGCCUUAGGCCACGUCGAGUCUGCUGCCAUCUUGGGCCGUUGCUACGAGGUUGGGGAAAUAGUGCCACAGGAAGCCAAUUUGUCUAUUCACUACUACACCAAAGCCGCUUUGGGUGGUCACCCAGAAUCCAUGCUCGCUAUGUGCGCAUGGUAUCUUGUCGGCUCGGAACCUAAUUUACCCAAGGACGACCAGGAGGCUUUUGAGUGGGCGAAGAGAGCUGCCAUGUGCGGAUUGGCCAAGGCUCAAUUCGCAGUGGCCAACUUUUAUGACAAAGGCAUUGGCUGCAUUAAAAACACAACCGAAGCUCAACUGUGGUACAGAAAAGCUGCUGAGAAUGGAGAGGAAAAAGCAUUAGCUAGGCUCUCAGAUCGUGAGUUAGCAGCCCAACUUUCAAAGGCUGCGAAAAAGAAACAAAAGUCUCCAUCUAAGGCGUCUCAAUUGCUGACCAACAGCGCUGCUCAGGAGAAGGACUGUGUCAUCAUGUAA